AUGAAGAACGACCUACCAAAUAAAUACUUGCAGAAGAAGACUGGUAACAUGUCACAAAAUUCAGCAGGGGGGCUACUAAUGAUAAUGAUAUUUUGGUGUGCUAUUGCAACCGUCUACGAAUAUUCUACUCGUGGUCGCCGGCGAAACGAGUGGGUGGCGGCCUUCUCAGCGCUGGUCAACGGAGCCGCGCUACUCUGCCCCGGCGGCAGCGGCGGCGGCGGCGGCGACAGGGUUGGCGGCAAGGCCGGCGGCAGGGGCAGCGGCAAGGGCGGCGGCAAGGGCGGCGGCAAGGGCGGCGGCAAGCGCGGCGGCAAGGGCGGCGGCAAGGGCGGUGGGGACGGGGACGGCGAGGGCCGCGACUCUCUGCCGCCCCUGCACGCCCUCCGCUUAAGUAAGCAGCCCAUUGCCGUUAUACCGGCAGUGACACCUCUCUUUGUUGACGUCUACUUGGUGCUGGGAGGACUUCUGGUCGCAUACGUCUACUUUAAUCACGUGGCUCAGGGCGGUGAAUUUCAACUGCUGCCCUUCUACCUCUAUCGUUAUGUUCGGCUGACCCCUGCAUUGGCAGUGUUGGUGCUUCUGCAAACCAGUGUUAUAAUGAAAAUUAACGACGGUCCUUUGUGGCGUAUGCAACAUGCCCAGCAGUGUCCAGAGACAUGGUGGUACAUUAUGUUGCACAUUUGCAACUACUUUCGGCCUGAAACUGUCAGGGAACGGACAGGAAGAGGCGUUGAAGAGACUGUACUUCGCGACCCAUUCGCGCUUCGAGCCAUAUUUAGUGGGAAUCGUCUUGGGCUACGCGUUACAUCAUCUCAAAAGGAGAUCUUCGCCUCUUAUCCUCUCACAAAUGCAGGUUGCAGUGGUAUGGGCCGUAGAGAUUGUCUCAGUUGUUCUCCUGGCUCGCGAGACGUGGGUGUUUGUGAACCCCGACCAGCCCUACGAGCAACUGCACGAAUCCGCUUUUUUGGCCGUGGUACACGUGGGCACAGCCUUCACUACGGCAGUGCUAGUGUUCAUGAUCAUGGCUGGAUACGGAGAACACAUCGCUGA